AUGAUUGUAACAACAAUGAUACCAGCAUACAUGAGUGAAGUUAAAAGUGAUGGUGCAAAUCAUCUGUAUUUCUCAUAUCCGACACCAGUAGCUACCAAUAUGGUACCAGCUAAUUUCACAGCUUAUAGUAUGCCAAUACCGCCACCAUAUGAAUCAGUAGUUAAUAUUACCAAACAACAAGAAGAAAACUUUCCUACAACAUCAUCUUCCAUCAUAUCCGCUUCAACAUCACUUCCACAACAACAACAACAACAACAACGUGAUGAACAACAACAACAACAACAACAACGAUUACAACAACGUAGAUCGAUUAUUCCAGUAGAUGAAGAAGCUCGUAAAAAAUAUCGUGAACGACGAGACAAAAAUAAUUUAGCAGCAAAAAAAUCCAGAAGUAAUCGACGAGAGAGAGAAAAGAUGAUGCAACGUAAAGUUGACGAAUUGGAGAAGGAAAAUGAAGCGUUACGAGCUCAAUUAGCAAUUUAUACGCAACAAUUAGAUUACGCACGAAAAGAAUAUGAAAGACAAUUAUCACUAUCUUAUACUGCUCAACAACAAGGAAUAUUACUUCGCGAUAAUCCUACCAAUUUGGUACCAACGACACAAUCAGCACCUAUAUUAUAUCCAUCAUUUUCUCAGCAAACUGUCACCUGA